ACUGUUCUAAAACAGUUCGAAAAAGUCACUCUCAGUGAGAGUUAGACCCAAGGAAGGAUAUUGAAAUAUAGUUUAAAAGGAUACAACAAGAAUUAAAGCAAUGCGCUGGUCUGCGUUGCUGCUUUUAAUCGCAGCAUUCGUGCUGAAUGCUGCAAUUGCUCUGCCGCUAAAUCAGGAGGAGUCUGAGGAGGUGGCUUCCAGUCAGGACGCCGAACUGGGGCAGCAGGAUCCAGACAGCAGUAUCGAAGACACUAUUCAAAGAGGUGCCGCCAAGGUCGCCAGCAGCUCUUCCGAGGAGCUCAAUGACGGUGCCAAGAACGAAGUUAAGGAAAAGAUCGACAGCUCCCAGGAAGCUGCAUCGGAGGAGGAGAAGAGAGCCCAUUUUAACAAACAUCGAGCCUUGGAGACCCAUGCCAGAAGGAGCAGAUCAGCUGAAGAGGAAAGGUAUAGGAACCUAUACAACCUUGCCCUUAUUUGCCCAAAGCGUGAUACAACAAAUUUGGAGAAGGGCAAUUCCUUAAACAGUCACAUCGAAAUAGCAGACAUUUACACAAUUUGCUCAUCUUUACCUGAAAAGUGAAAAUAAAGUUGAAAUAAAAUAUCAAA